GGCGUCGCCGCAGUGCGCGGAACAGCGCUGGUCCUCACAGCCCGUGCACAGGAGGUGCGCGCUCCCGAGCUGGCGUAGUUUCCCAGCGCGGUGCCAGCCCCUCAUCCUCCUCCAGUCUCCCUCCCCUCCCGACUGCCGCCCCAGGCUCCGCCAUGGGGAAUGUGCCAUCCGCGGUGAAGCACUGCCUCAGCUACCAACAGCUUCUCCGGGAGCAUCUCUGGAUCGGGGAUUCAGUGGCAGGGGCGCUCGACCCCGCGCAGAUUUCUGUUCUAAUAAACCUUCACUGCUUUCAGCCCUAUGUCUCUGGAUUCUCAGUCUCCUUGGCAGGCUCGGUGGCUUGUAUCCACUGGGAAACAUCCCAGUUAUCUGGACUCCCUGAGUUUGUUAAAAUAGUAGAAGUUGGGCCUAGGGAUGGAUUGCAGAAUGAAAAGGUUAUAGUUCCUACAGAUAUAAAAAUUGAAUUUAUCAAUCGACUUUCUCAAACUGGCUUGUCUGUAAUAGAAGUGACUAGCUUUGUGUCUUCCAGAUGGGUACCACAGAUGGCUGAUCACACUGAAGUAAUGAAAGGCAUUCAUCAAUAUCCAGGAGUUCGCUAUCCUGUCCUUACUCCUAAUCUUCAGGGUUUUCACCGUGCUGUUGCUGCUGGAGCUACUGAGAUAUCAGUUUUUGGAGCUGCAUCUGAAUCCUUUAGCAAGAAGAAUAUUAACUGUUCCAUUGAAGAAAGUAUGGGAAAGUUUGAGGAGGUUGUUAAGUCUGCAAGACACAUGAAUAUUCCAGCACGAGGGUAUGUGUCUUGUGCUCUGGGCUGUCCAUAUGAAGGAAUUAUUACACCGCAAAAAGUGACAGAAGUGUCUAAGAGAUUGUACAGCAUGGGUUGUUAUGAGAUCUCUCUAGGAGACACAAUUGGAGUGGGAACUCCAGGAAGUAUGAAAAGAAUGUUGGAAAGUGUGAUGAAAGAAAUCCCACUGGGUGCUCUUGCUGUUCACUGUCAUGACACCUACGGACAAGCCUUAGCAAAUAUCCUUACGGCCCUUCAGAUGGGAAUCAAUGUGGUGGACUCUGCAGUAUCCGGAUUAGGCGGCUGCCCUUAUGCAAAAGGUGCUUCUGGGAAUGUAGCCACUGAGGAUUUGAUAUAUAUGCUUAAUGGCCUGGGGCUCAAUACAGGUGUGAAUCUAUACAAAGUGAUGGAAGCUGGUGACUUUAUUUGCAAAGCUGUGAAUAAAACCACAAACUCUAAAGUAGCACAAGCCUCCUUCAAUGCUUGACUUGAAUGGAUUUAUGAUCUACGGUUGAGAAGAUCAAUUUCAGCUACAGUACUCAUCUGAAAAUCAUUAGUGUCAACUUGCUCUGAUAUGUGAAGUAAUAGGCAAGAGUGGGAAAAAAGAGAUCCUUUUCAAAAAGAUUAUAACUGGAUAGAUUAAGUCAACAAAAAGCAGUAUCAGUCAUCAGGUAAAUUGCAAGCUGAGGAUAAACAAUAAAACUUGUCCUAUUUUGAACUUGGAAAAAAGUCUCUUUUGCUCUUGUAGAAAUAACUUUUUAAUUUAGAUGGGAAAAUUGAGUUCAUAUUUCCCCAAGUAUCAAAUACUGUGUUAAUACUUAAUCAGGCAGGCUUAACACAGUGUACAUACCGUCAGUAGUUUAUGAGCUCCUGCAUAGUAUGCAGAGUGUGUGGCCUCAAUAUUAUGCAUUAUGCCUCUGGAUCUCAACUGUUCAUUUGCCAAGUCAGUUAAGUUAUGGACCAAAAGCCAAAUCUCCAUCUGACCCUACAUAAUUUUAGCAAUAGAACUUUUAUAUUUCGAGUAUGGCUAACAUCUGUUAACUAUUUCAGUGACUUUAUCUGGUUCCAAGAGGCUGUGGCCAAUGGCAAGAUGCCAUAUCCUGGAAACAUAUUACGACCUCCCAUGUUUGUUACAUGCAUCCAGUUUACCAUACUUUACCUAUCAUCAGUUAUAGUAAAAACCAGCAUGGAGUUACUCAGCUAUUGAGAAAUUGUAGGCUAUUAUUUUGGUCCUGAUGUCUAAAUUGCAAUGAUAAGAAUAGGUUGAUACAUAUAUCAUCAUCUACCCUUAUAAUUUUCAGAUCACUUUCAAUUUGCCCAAGGAAAUAUCGUUGUGAUCCUAAGAAUAUUAAGAUAAUUUUUGGUUAAUGAAAUACCGAUUUUCCUUUGAUUCAUGGUGCUUUGAUUACAUCACAUGAUUUUUUGGUGUAUUUUUAGUGGUUAUUUUAAAAGUUGAAGUGACUGAAAUGUUGUCUAUUGUCCUAAAAUUGAUUGCCAGAAAUUGAAAGAUGUAAUAUAUCAAAGACAGAGAUGAGGAGCAGGAGGACUAUUCAAGAUAAACAUUUCUGUAACCUAUGCAAAUUUUAUGGGGGUAGUAUUAUUACACAUGGAUCUGAAAUGUCAGUUCUAGUAUUUAUUUAGACUUCUCUAAUAAUACCAGGUGAUAUUAUCUUUGAGUAAGUUUGAAUAUGAAUUGAAACAUAAAAAUGAGUGUUGUGAACUUUCUAGGAAAUAUUCAUUAAAACCAUUGAAAUAAAAAUAAGUUCAAGAAAGUAA